AGCUCGUUAUCUAUGUCACGUGUCAUACUCGUCCAUUCGUUACAAGUUGUAUUAGAUACACCAGUUCCCUUGUAUCACACCAUGAUAUCAAACGCCUUGAAAAUUGGCCCCUGUUCUAUAAGUUUCUUUCGUUAUAUGUCAGAUCUAAAUCAACCAUUCAGAUUAUUAUUAAUGAACUUCGAUUAUCUUACCUAG